CCUCCACUGCUAUCGCUCUUCCUCUUCUUUAGCUGCUACGACGAACCUGUACAGUCGGACCGAGCAGAUAGAGAGUGAUAGAUUGAGGAACGAAGAUGACUCGGGGGAGCGCAGCUGGGCCGAAGGGAAAGAAGAAGGGAGCAACCUUCACGAUUGAUUGUGCUAAGCCAGUCGAGGAUAAGAUCAUGGACAUUGCAUCGCUUGAGAAGUUCCUCCAGGAGAGGAUUAAGGUUGGCGGCAAGGCCGGUGCUCUCGGAGACACCGUUAAUAUCUCCCGUGAAAAGACCAAGAUCACCGUGACCUCCGACAGCAACUUCUCUAAACGGUACCUAAAAUACUUGACUAAAAAAUACUUGAAGAAACACAAUGUCCGUGAUUGGCUUCGGGUGAUUGCUUCCAACAAGGAUAGGAAUGUCUAUGAACUGCGGUAUUUCAACAUUGCUGAUAAUGAGGGAGAAGAGGAAGAGUGAAUAUCCAUUUUCAUCUCUUGUACUAUGACUUUGGUUUAUUGAACGUCACCUGAGAUAUGAUUGCUCUUAGCCUAUUUAGUCUGUCAGCUGUAAGUUUUAAUAUUAUCUCUUGGUUCUUUUUUGAACCUGUUCCUGAAUUGAAAUUUUGUUACUAAAAUAGCUACAUGGUCUUCUCAUAGUGUGGUUGUUAGGUAAAUUGAUAUUUCUUCAGCAAGUUGCAU